AUGGGGAGAAAACAACUUGGAGUUCUUGGAAUUCCAAAACAUCUACAACAAUGUUACCUACUAUUCUUCUUCAUCUUCAUCAUCUUCCCCACUGUUCGAGCUUUCGAUUACGCCGAUGCUUUAGCCAAGAGUCUACUCUACUUCGAAUCUCAACGAUCAGGUCGAUUACCAUAUGAUCAAAGAGUCACUUGGCGAUACCAUUCCGGUCUCACUGACGGUCUAGAACAAGGAGUAGACCUGGUUGGAGGAUAUUAUGAUGCAGGUGAUCACGUCAAGUUUGGCCUUCCAAUGGCUUUCACUAUGACAAUGCUAUCAUGGAGUGUCAUUGAAUAUAGCAACCAGAUUGCGGCGCUCGGCGAAGAGUAUAAGCAUGCAUUGAAAGCAAUCAAAUGGGGAACAGAUUAUUUGAUUAAGACACACACUAGCCCUAAUGUCUUAUGGGCCGAGGUGGGUGAUGGAGACACAGAUCACUACUGUUGGCAACGUUCGGAGGACAUGACGACACCGAGACGAGCUUACAAGAUCGAUAAGAAGAAUCCAGGUUCGGAACUGGCAGGUGAGACAGCGGCAGCCAUGGCCGCGGCAUCAAUCGUGUUAAGGAAAUCAAAUCCUCAUUACUCGCAGCUACUCUUACAUCACGCAAGACAGGUGUUUGAGUUUGGAGACAAGUACAGAGGAAAGUACGACAACAGUAUUGAAGUGGCUAAGAGCUUCUAUCCAUCAGUAAGUGGUUAUAAAGAUGAGUUGUUAUGGGGAGCUCUGUGGCUUUUUAAGGCCACUGGCAAUGAGGAUUACUUGAAAUACAUUAUCCAAAAUGCUCAGAGCUUUGGUGGGACUACUUGGGCAAUUGCUGAGUUCAGCUGGGAUAUAAAGUAUGCAGGUGUUCAAAUAAUUGCUUCAAUGUUGAUGGUGGAAGCAGAAACCAAAGAGCAAACAACUGUACUUGAACAGUAUAGAUCGAAAGCUGAACAUUAUCUAUGUGCAUGUCUUAACAAAACCCACAAACUUAAUGUUGAUCGAACACCAGGAGGUUUGUUAUACGUCCGUCAAUGGAACAAUAUGCAGUACGUAUCCACAUCAACAUUCCUUCUCACUGUUUACUCAGAUUACUUACAAAGCUCAAAUCAGAAAUUAUAUUGCCAAAGAGGAGUAGUGGAACCCCAAGAAAUGCUCUUAUUUGCCAAAUCUCAGGUGGAUUAUAUAUUGGGUUCCAAUCCAAUGGGAAUAAGCUACCUAGUAGGGUUUGGAUCAAGGUAUCCACAGAGAGUACACCAUAGAGAUUCAUCAAUUGUAUCUUAUAGAAAGAACAAAGAGUUUAUAGGUUGCACACAAGGGUAUCAUAAUUGGUAUGGAAGGAAAGAAGCAAACCCUAAUGUUCUAGUGGGAGCCUUAGUUGGUGGUCCUGAUUUUCAUGAUCAUUUCAUGGACAAACGUGGUGAUUACAGACAGUCUGAGGCUUGCAUCUACAAUACUGCUCCAUUGGUUGGAAUUUUCGGAAAACUACAUCACUUAGAGAAAACUUAUCUUGUAACCAGUCAAUGAUUUCUUGAUUCAAUCAGAUCACAAUAAAAUGAAA